GCCGGGGUUGUCCCGGGUGGUGCGGGGCGGUGCCGGGGUUGUCCCGGGUGGUGCGGGGCGGUGCCGGGGACAGGCAGGCGGUCACUGGGCGGCCCCAGCGAGAUGCGGGGCGUUCCCAGAUCGCUCCCUGGGCAUGAGCGCGGUCACAGGACGUUGGCGAAGCGAUGCGGGGCAGUUCCGGAGCGGUUCCGCGCCGAUGCGAGGCGGUCCCGGAGCGAUGCGGGGCGGUCCCAGGGCGGUUCCGGGCCGAUGCGAGGCGGUCCCGGGACAGUGCGGGGCGGUCCCGGGCCAGUCCCGGGGCGAUGCGGGGCGGUUCCGGGGCGGUCCCGUGUCCGCCCUUAUAGCGGCGGCGGCGGCGAUUCCCGGGGCGGCGCGGCCGCCAUGGACCUGCACAUCCUGGAGCACCGGGUACGGGUGCUGAGCCUGGCCCGCCGCGGGCUCUGGCUCUACACCCACCCGCUGCUCAAGCUGCUCUUCCUACCCCAGCGCUGCCGAUGCAAGUUCUUCAGCCUGACGGAGACCCCCGAGGACUACACGGUCAUGCUGGACGAGGAGGGCUUCAAAGGUACCGAGCGGCGGCCUCCUGGCAGGGCGGGUGGCACCGCGGGCACGAGCAGCGCGCGUCCGCAGUCCGGCUCCACGCCUGGGCCGCGGGGAGCGAGUCCCGGCUUGUGCUUGGCUCCCUCGGAACAUGCCCGUCCCGUCCCCGCGGCGCCUGCGCCGGGGAUGCACCGGCUUGCCCGGCCGAGGCUCUCCCGGCGUGGCUGCCCUCGCCCCGACGGCUCCUCCCGGCCGCAGCUGCCCCCCGGCUCGUGGUGCGCGGAGCCGGUGCCAGCCCGAAGCGCGGGUGCCCCCGACAGGGCUCAGGGACCUCCCGGGAUGCCCGCGGGCAGCGCUCCAGGCUCGGGCAGCCCUCCUGUCAUCAUCGCCGUGUCCAAUUUCAUCCCGCCCCUCCGCCCGCUGAGGGCCAACUGGAGCCUUUGGCAGAGGGGCGCAAAGCACAGGCCCAGCCAGGCUGGCAGGGGUGAGCCCUGUCCGGCAGCAGGGUCCGGCUUUUGGGGUGUCCUGGGGAGGUUUGAUCCCUCCCAAGCCAGUCCCUCUCCCAGGGAUGUGCCAUUUGCUGCUGUCCCCACCGCUGGUGACCCGGCGCGUGCCGUGCAUCACCCUCGCCGCCGGUCCUGCCGGGGGUACCGGCCCAACGGGCUGAGCCGGAGGGUCCGGAUCCCGGCCCGCCUUCCCACGCCCAAACCUUCCUGCCGAGGCCGCAGGAGCCGGCGCAGCGGGUCCUUGGCCGUGACCCAAGGACCAAGGGUCAGCGCUCCGGCCAGGGGCGCUCACGCCAGGUCGCGGGCUCACCUCCUUUUGCUGUGGAACGGGACCGCGUCCCGGGCUCUCCCCGCUCCAGAGCCAGAGCUGUUCCCCAUGUAUUGUUUUAUUUCGGGGCCUGCGGACAAAUACUCCUCAAUCCCGAGGGGAGGGCGGGAAGUGCUGAACAAUGGUCCUGCGAGCCUGUGGCCCCGCGGUGCCCUGUGAACCCCCCUUGGCUGGGGGGCCGCCAGUGUCCCCCCGCUGCUGGACUGGAAGGGGACCCCCAGCAGAGGAGAGCUGCACCCUCCCUUCCCUUGGGGAUCAGGAUUAAGCCCUGGGGUGGGUGACAUGGGGACAGCGGAGUCCCCUUGCAUUUAGCCUUGCCCAGGGUGGUGUUGAAAAGCAAUUAAACAUUGAGCUCUGGGACAGGUCCCCAUGUCCCGGAGUCCCUGUCCCGCCCCCCUAUUCCCAGCCCUGGGCCCUGGGCCGGAGCCGAGGCUGUUCUGGCGCUUCCUGCACAGGAACAGGCGCUGGGAACACCCGCCGAGGCUCUGGAUCCGGCCCCGCUCCCGCCCUGCCCCAGCCGAGUUUGGGAGUGGGGUGCACAGCCUGUCCCCUGAUGGGGUCAUCCCCGGUGGGGGCUGGACCCUCCCCCUGUGCGACCCUCCCUCCACCGCUGGUGUGAUGAGUUUGGGGUCUCAGCUGGCCUUGGGCACUGGGUGCCCACCGAUGGGCUGGGGGCUUGUGUCAUCUCCCAUGGGAGCUGCUGUCACCUUUCUUGGGUGGGAGGAGUGGAUUGGAGACCCCUUGGGUGCCCUGGCUCGUCCCUUGCUGGGAAGGGGAGCCCAGAGCGGAGGGGGCAGCCUGGCUGAGUCCUGGGGUGUCCCAGCAGUGCCAGCCCCUCUCCUGCAGGAGGGUGGGAGCAAGGGGCAUGGGAGGCAGGAACAGCUGGCAUAUGCCCACUCUGGCAACAUCAGCAGGUUUUUGGGAAGCAGCUGUGGCCCUCUGCCAGCCUGGGCUCUUUCCAGCAGGCUGGCACCGGGUGCUGGGACCCCCAGGACAGUGGGAUGACCCUCCCCUUGUCCCUUCCAGAGCCCCAUGUGCAUCCCUGAGCAUCCCCGGCUGGGCUGGGGGCUCCAGGAGGGCAGAGGAUGAGCUGGGCAGCCCCAGGGUCCUGGUGGUGCUGUUUUGGGGUGCAAUAUGCCAACACCCCAUGCACCCAGUCUGGGGUGCUGGCACAGGGAGUAGAGAGACACAUCUUGGGAUUUGGGGGUGCUGUAGCCUUGCCCCCCCUCAUCCCUAUGGCAAACCCCAGUGUGGAGCAGCUGAACCCUGUCUGGCCCAUUGCACCUGUGGAUGGGGCUCAUCUGCACCCCCAGCCAGUGUCCCCACCUAGGGAUGACCUCUCUCGAGUCCGCUCCUCACCCAGGGGACAGUGACACGCACUGCCUGAGCUUGCUCUGGCUCUGUGUCCGGCUGUGCCGAGCCCUCUGGAGCCACCUGCCUCAGUGUCCCUUGUCCC